GUUUUGUGGUACUAUGACAGAAUCCAAAUGCCAUUUGGACAUUCAGCCACCUGGAUCCGAAUGACACCUGUAGCCAGCCUCCAUGCUUACCAAACACUAUGCCAACAUGCUUCACAGAAAUGGGUCUUUCUGUACGUGCCGUGGACCCCGUGAGAAGGGACCUUUGAGUUUCUAGUGCCAUUGUCAUCCUACCUCUUCCUCUUAUCCACUGCAUCUCUUCUGUCCCUUGAGCCAUAACUUUGAUUGCUCCACUUGUAUGUUAGUGUUCACUUGGAUUUUAGGAGCAUAAGCAGCCGUCAUCACUGAUAUCAUCCUUACCCCAAAGGUUACGACAAGGCUGUUUGACAAUGGCUCAGCUUUUAUCCGUCACUGUGGUUUUGGUUGAAGUCUACCUUCUUCUCAGACUCUGCACUGGAGCAGGGCAGAACCCUGACCACGUGCUGCAGGGCACUGGGGUGAAGCCUGGCUCAGACUCCAGAAGGCCCGGGGGCGAUUCUACUGUGGCACCAGAAGAUGCUGCCCGCUUCCUUAGCUGCCACUGCUUAGGUCACUGCCCUGAUGACGCCAAGAACAACACCUGCGAGACAAAUGGUCAGUGCUUCGCCAUCAUUGAAGAAGAUGAAAAUGGAGUGGGGAUCUUAAGCUCAGGCUGUAUGAAAUAUGAAGGCUCUCACUUUCAAUGCAAGGAUUCGCAGUUUGCACAGCCACGUCGAACCAUCGAGUGCUGCCAGUUUGACUUUUGUAACCGAGACCUAAAGCCAGAGUUGCCGCCUCGAGACUCGGUACCACAAGACCCUCACUGGCUGGCCUUCCUCAUUUCAGUGUCUGUGUGCUUCUGCACCCUCAUCUGUGUCACUGUCAUCUGUUAUUACAGGUAUAAGUGGCAGACAGAGAGGCAGCGCUACCACAGAGACCUGGAGCAGGAUGAUGCCUUUAUCCCAGCAGGAGAAUCUCUUAAAGAGCUCAUCAACCAGUCUCAAACCUCAGGCAGUGGCUCUGGGCUCCCCCUGCUGGUGCAGCGCACCAUUGCCAAGCAGAUCCAGACAGUGCGCCUUAUUGGAAAGGGGAGAUAUGGAGAGGUGUGGCUCGGUCGAUGGAGGGGGGAGAAGGUAGCAGUGAAAGUGUUCUUUACUCGAGAGGAGGCCAGCUGGUUCAGAGAGACUGAGAUCUACCAAACUGUGCUUAUGAGACACGAGAACAUACUAGGUACACUUCAUGUCAUUCAAGAUUGUGUAGUGUUUUUAAUUGUGUAUCAAUUCCAUGUUUUCCUAUGUGACGUGAUUCUCUUCAUUCUGCCCGAAGGCUUCAUUGCUGCUGACAUCAAUGGCACUGGAGCCUCUACGCAGCUGUACCUGAUCACAGACUACCAUGAGAACGGCUCUCUGUAUGACUAUUUGAAGUUCACCACUCUGGACACACAGGCCUUGCUCAGACUGGCCUACUCUGCAGCCUGUGGCCUGUGUCACCUGCAUACAGAGAUCUACGGCACGCAGGGAAAACCAGCCAUUGCUCACAGAGACUUGAAGAGCAAGAACGUCCUCAUAAAGAAAAACGGCACCUGUUGCAUCGCUGACCUCGGGCUUGCUGUGAAAUUCAACAGUGACACAAAUGAAGUGGACGUCCCACUGAGCACACGUAUGGGGACCCAACGCUACAUGGCUCCAGAAGUCCUGGACGAGACUCUGAAUAAGAACCACUUCCAGGCCUACAUCAUGGCGGACAUCUACAGCUAUGGACUGAUUAUAUGGGAAAUGGCCCGACGCUGUCUCACUGGAGGUAUCGUUGAGGACUAUCAGCUACCAUAUUAUGAGAUGGUGCCUUCAGACCCGUCUUAUGAGGACAUGCUAGAGGUUGUGUGCGUCAAAGGACUGCGGCCCACCGUAUCCAAUAGAUGGAACAGUGAUGAGUGCUCGAGGGCCAUGUUGAAGCUGAUGUCAGAAUGCUGGGCCCACAAUCCUGCAUCACGCCUGACCAUCCUACGAGUCAAGAAGACUUUGGCAAAAAUGGUGGAAUCUCAAGACAUUAAAAUCUGAUCAGCAGAGUGGCUUUUAUUUUGUUUUUGACAUCAUUGUCCCCUUCAGGAGAAACAAGCUCUCUUCUUCUGUUGGAUCAGACAUGUUGACUUUGCUGCUUUCUGUGAAAGCUGUAUCAUUGUGAAGUUGGAUCAGAGGAUUACUACAACAGACAAAAACACUGGAGUGGGACCUUCUGGAGAGAUAAAGUAAACCCCACUGCCUU